CCUUUGUUUUCACAAUUCACAUCAUAGAUCAUAUCCACAUAAAAACACAAUCUUAUAAUUUAUAACACAGAGUACAUUAUAUAUGCGGUGCAUGUGUCACUGAUAUUACCUUAUUGUACUCUUUGAUAGUUAAGUAAACUUCAGAUUCAAAAGACACAUUGAAAAGUGAUUGUUUAAAAUGGUUUAUCUUCACUUUCCUUCAAAUUUAACUGAAGAAGAAUUGAUGCUUCAGGCGAAGUAUCAGAAGUUAAAGAAAAAAAAGAAAGCUCUUCAAGCCUUAAAAGCACCAAAACAAGAGCCAGAAAAACCUGUGCUACCGAAACGACCAACUGAAGCAAGAGAUGCUCGAGAAAUAGCACGGAAACUUAUCAAAAGUGGAGCUAUUCAAGCUAUCAAAACUCCUCCAACACAACCACAAAAUGCUACCUUUAAACGACCCCGAGCAGGUAGGGAGCGUAAACUUAGUGGUUCAACUGGAACAACGGGAGGUGUUGCUUCAUACCAGCCGUUCAGUGCAUCACAAGAACCGCCACCACCUGAUGAGAAAGCUGCACCAAGAGUCAAAUACUUAUAUGAUUCAUUUGUAACUGCUCGUGAAAAAGAAGAUAAAGGAGCUCGCAACCAACCUGCUGAUGUAACAACUUCAGGGGGAAAAACUACUUACUUGCAAAUCUUAGGUGCUCGUAUCACCGAAGAUGUAAUAAGACGUCGACUUGCCUCAUUUGAACCGUUUACAUACACACAAGAACCAGACGAGGAAAAGGUCUAUCUGUCUUUUGAAACAAUGGAAAUGGCAUCUCAUGCCCAUACAGCUCUUGAUGGCUGUGAGGAAGGAUGGCGAGUGACAUAUGUAAGAAGAUUACCACAACCAGCAGGAUCUUGGACCCCGUCAUCAAACUCAAGAAAUCCACCACCACCUAAAGACUCCAAGCGUACACUUUUAACUUAUGAUGAUAUAUUUGAAUAACCAGAACUUGAAAAAAAACGUGAACACGCAACAAAAAGGCGUGAACUUGUACGACCUAUGUCCAGCAGUGGAUUGCGAUAGGAUGAAGAGAGGGAGAGAAAAAAAACUUGAAAGAUACCUAUUUACACCUGAAAACUACUUAUAUACUACUAUCAGCUACUAAACCCUACAAAUUUUAUCAAAAUUGCUUUAGUAAUGUAUCAGCUGUUGAUUUUUUACAUAUUCUCUGUACACCUUAAAUAAAUUGAGUUGGCGUAGUAUCUCUUGGAA